AUGUCUUGGCAAGCAUACACUGAUAACCUUCUUGCUACUGGUAAGAUUGAUAAAGCUGCAAUUUACUCCAGAGCAGGUGACUCUGUAUGGGCUGCUUCUGGUGGAUUGAGCUUACCAACUAACGAAAUCUCCGAAAUUGCGCAAGGUUUCGACAAUGCUUCUGGUCUACAAAGCGUAGGUUUGCACGUUCAUGGUCAAAAAUACAUGGUGAUCAAAGCCGACGAUAGAAGUAUCUGGGGGAGACAUGAGGCAGAAGGUGUGGUGUGUGUGCGCACCAAACAGACUAUCUUGGUGACACAUUACCCACCUGGAAUCCAGGCCGGCGAAGCUACCAAGAUUGUCGAACAACUGGCAGACUACUUGAUCAGCGUCUCGUACUGA